AUGGCUACUCUGGAUAAAAUGUGUGAGCAGCAAAAGCUAUUCAAGAAGAUUGCAAAAGGAGAAGCACUGUUGAAAAAUCUCUGCAAUCGGGAUUAUUUGCAAAUCAAAUGCAAGGAUAAGCAUUGUACGUGCAAGACAAAAAAGAAGAAACAUUUUUCUUAUUCAGAGAAAUCUCCCCAGUAUAAACAGAGAAAAGGAAGAAAAUUGCACUGGUUCAGAAAGAAGGUAACAAGCAAGCAUAAAUCUGAUCGAUGUUACAUCUGUGGUCAAUCAGGACACUAUGCAAAGAGAUGUCCCAAUAAGCCUAAGAAGACUGUUGCACUUCUUCAUCAACUGAAGACUUCAUAUCCAGAUGACUUAUCCGAUCAUGAUCUUGAGUCUCUCUUUUCAGAAGAAGAAAUGGCGUCUUCUCAGACUCUAUUUGCUAUUCCAUAUUCAGAUACCAGCACAGAAGAUGAAAGUUCUUCAGACGAAGAAACAUCUGUUUUUACUAUUGGUCCUGCACUCCAAGUAAAACAGGAACCACCUGAUUAUACUCUUGCGAUAUAG